AUGGCUGGUACUUAUGAUACUGAAGAGCAAAGAAUUAUCGAUAGAAUUAAAUGCAUUGCUUUUCGUGAAGCUCGAGAUGCUGGUGCAACAUUUAUUAAUCGACAGUGGGUUGCGGAAAAAGUACAUCGUACGGCUCAAUUUGUCACAGACUGGUGGCAAAAACCAUGUGACCAAUGUUUUGCUGAUUAUUCAAAUGCUGGUCGAAAGCUUAAAUUAUCACAAGCAAGUCAAGACAUCAUUCGUAAGGCGAGUGGUCGACAAAGAAAAAGUUGCUCCGUUGUGGCAAAGAAGAUUGCAGAAAAGCAAAAAGAAUAUGUCACUCGAAGAACAAUUAAUAAUUACCGUCACAGAGAAGGAUUAAAACCAUUUCAUGUUAUUCCAAAACCGCUAAAAUCUGAAACUCAUAUAUCAGAUCGAUUAUGGCUGUGCGAUUGGUUAAAAGAUUGGAUUGAAGAAGAUUUUCUUCAUCUGGCACCAUCUGAUGAAUUUUACGUGUGGGUCGUUCGUCGACUAAAUUAUCAGAACGAUCGAAUUUGGGCAAAAAGCGUCAAUGAUAUCGAAGAAGACGAACGUUAUCGUAAAAUGGUUAAAAACCAACCGUGCAUUGGAAUUUUUGUGAUAUUUACCGCUAAAAGGUUACAUUGGGUGAUUAAAGACAAAGGUGAAUCCUGGACCGGUCAAUACUUUCGUGAUAUAAUUUUGACCGAACACGUCUUCCCAUUCUUAAAAAAUGAAGAAAAUGUUAUUGAUCCCGAUGAAGUUAUUUUUAUCCAUGACAACGCACCAUGUAUGCGAGCGUAUCCGACCCAACAUUUGCUUCAAGACAAUGAUAUUAAAUUUUGGGAUAAUGAUAUUUGGCCUGGAAAUUCAUCUGAUCUCAAUGUGGCAGAACAUAUUGGAACAAUAAUCAAGGAUGAAGUUGAAAAAAAGAUGUUAUCAGAACCUGGACAUUCUCGUUAUCUGGAAGAAACACUCAAAAUGCACAUUUCAGAUGUUUUGAAAAACAUGGAAACCGACACAGAUUUAUUUGAAACUCUUCUAUGUUCGUAUCCAUCUCGACUACGUGCAGUAAAGAACGCUAAUGGUCGUCACACUGACUAUUGA